AUGAAGCCCAUUCACAAACGACUGUAUACCGUCCUCCCUCGGCCUGCCAUCACAUCAUCGCCAUGCUCGUCUACUUCGCGAGUCCGUUCCAACUCUGUGUCGUCUUCACGCUCGUUAUACGCUAUCCCUCCGUCCGCUCUUCCUCUGUCGUUCUACGACUCCCCAGCACCACCACUUCCUAGUUCUCGACCGGUCAAUAACCUGAUAACGACCACCCGUCUUACUGUCGAAGGCAAACCCGAGGCCGAUGCGCAGCCGAAUACCCCUUAUUCGAAUCAGUACACCCCGAACACUCCUCAGUCUCACAACCACUCAGCCGGUCCUCCGCCACAUUCGCUGGCUCUUACGUCCACCCAUUCUGAAUCCCACAUACCUGGUUCUCAUCAGAAGCCUUUUUUCCCUUACCAGUCGUUUGUUCCUGUGUUCUACAACGACGCAACGUCUGCCGGUGCGUAUGGAAUUCCCAAGCGUUCUCGCGCAGGGUGCGUCGCAGGCCGCGAUGGACAUGGGAAAUUGGGAUUCGCAGAAGGGUCACUCUAUCCAGGCGAAGAACUUGAGGGUCUCAAUCGUGCUGUCCAGGUGGGAGAAGAUGCAUACUUUGUCCGCGGCAAUGCGAUGGGGGUUGCAGACGGGGUUGGUGGGUGGUCACGAGUGCGCAGCCAUGCGAAGUCGAGUUCUACAGAGCCUUCGCCGAGUGCACUCUUUGCCCGCAGGUUGAUGCACUAUUGCUCCGAAGAAGUUGAGGCUGCUUCAUUAAGUGAACCAGCCUCUGACGGCCCAGAAUUGUACAUGUCUGAUGCUGAUUCUGAAGAAGAUACGGCUGAUCUAUACACAGAUCUCGAAGACUCGCUAGACGAAUUAGAGGAGGGUCUCGAUGUACUCAUGAUCCUGGAGAAAGCAUUCGACAAAACCAUGCGUGCGCAUGUGGCUCCGCAGAAAGUGCAUAGUCCAGACUCUUGGUCGAAUGAGAAGUUCGACACAGAGCAAAAACUGUCCUCAAGAACUGUUCCAAGCAGCGGUUCAUCUGCGUCGACGGUUUCUUGUCCAUCAACCGGCGGCGUCCUGGACCUAUUGUCGAAGCCUGACACUUCUGCCCCAAUUUCACGAUGCUGCAGUCAGGGUCUGCCUGCAAAUUCUAUACUGAAGAUGGCAGAUACACCCACGAAAAUUAGACCACCUGUGACGCAAGGCUCUUCUACGGCUCUUCUCGCCGUGCUAGAACAUUCUCCUACACCACAUGCGAAGUCAAGGUGCCAAUCCUCCCUCCUCCAGCCUCAGCCUCGACAUAUCGGCGAACCCCAUGUUGGACCGCAAUUGGGCGCGAUCCUCAGGAUUGCUCAUCUAGGGGACUGUAUGGGCAUGCUCAUUCGUGGCGAAGACGUAGUUUGGAGAACGGAGGAGAUGUGGUGGAAUUUUAACACCCCAGUGCAGCUUGGACCAGCAUCACCCACGCGACCACGCGACGCGCAUGUCUUCACGCUGCCCGUGGAGGCCGAUGACAUUCUCAUUCUCGCCAGCGACGGGCUGAGCGACAAUCUCUGGGAUGAGGAUGUCCUAGACGAAGUUGUUCGCUUCCGCCGGCCGUUCAUCGCGAACGGUUCUUGGUCUCACAAUCCUACGCCUAGCGCUGUCCGCGGUGUCUUUGCACGGAGCACACUGGCGGGGAUGCUGAGCGAGGCGUUGUGCUCCCGUGCGGCGCGUGCAUCAGAGAGACGUGACCGUGAUGUUGCUGGAGACAACGAGGUGCCAUUUGCGCGGAGGGCUCGUGAGCAGGGUAGAUCCUUCCAUGGAGGCAAACCAGACGACAUCUCAGUUCUUGUGGCCGUGGUGUCGCCCACGUUAUAA